AACUCAACAAGCGGGUCCUCUCUCGCGGUCUGCAAUUGGGGGAAGGGAUAUGCCGCAAGGCCCGCAACCGGGACUGCAUCUUUGAGCUCUCUCCCUGCCCUCCAUCACUAUCUAUUCACACAAACCCCAAUUUUUCUUUCACUCUGUAACUUCUUGUCUACAGAACCCUUUAAACCCUUCUUUUAUGGGUUUACAGUGAUCAUUGAUUUUGAUACCACACAGACUGCAUUCAAAAUUUGAACUUUUUCUUCGCAUUUUUACUCAAGGAGGAAGUGAAACCAGAAUCCAAAGCCGAGAAGAGCACUCUAAAAGUGGGUGUUAAUGCAAACAUCAUAUCGGUUCCUCUCUCGCCUUCACCACUCGCAGAAUUACACUUCCAGUUGUAAACCAUCUUCUUUUCCGUCAACGAGCAAUCAUGUUCUCACUAAGUUUCUUUGGCUAAUACAAGACAAGGAAAAUGAAGAUAGUAACCCUUUCCAGCCCAGUUUUAGGCAAGCAUAUCGUGCUUUUCACUUUGCUGCUUCAGUACAAUCCCCAUGUUUUUCCUCCAAACGUUCGGUUUCAUCGGAUAUCAAUCAAAUUCAACAUUCUCAUCAGUAUCUAUUACAUCGUAAUUUUCUCACUAGGGCUAAACAACUACAGAAGAUUGAAAUCAAUGAUCAGCACAGUCAACGAGCAGUUACAACUGCAUUGUGGUGCAACUUUCUUGUCUUUUCUCUUAAGUUUGGCGUCUGGUUAACCACAUCUAGCCAUGUCAUGCUGGCUGAGGUUGUGCACUCACUGGCAGAUUUUGCAAAUCAGGUGCUUCUUGCGUAUGGUUUGAGUAGCUCAAGACGUGCUCCAGAUGCUAUUCAUCCUUAUGGCUAUUCCAAGGAAAGAUUUGUCUGGUCCUUGAUAUCUGCUGUUGGAAUCUUUUGUCUUGGCUCUGGUGCUACAAUUGUUCAUGGAGUUCAGAACUUGUGGACUUCAAUGCCCCCUGAAAAUAUGCAAUAUGCAGCUUUGGUGAUUGGUGGCUCAUUUAUUAUUGAAGGGGCUUCUCUUCUUGUUGCCAUACAAGCUGUGAAGAAAGGUGCAGCUGCGGAGGGAAUGAAAAUCAGAGACUAUGUAUGGCGUGGUCAUGAUCCUACAUCUGUUGCAGUCAUGACAGAGGAUGGUGCUGCAGUAACUGGACUUGUCAUUGCUGCAGCAUCACUGGUUGCUGUCAAUACCACAGGGAACGCAAUAUACGAUCCUAUAGGCUCCAUUGUAGUUGGCAACCUACUUGGAAUGGUGGCUAUAUUUCUCAUUCAACGGAAUCGGCAUGCUCUAAUUGGAAGGGCUAUGGAUGACCAUGAUACACAGAAGGUUCUUCGUUUCUUGAAAAGUGACCCGGUUGUAGAUGCUGUAUAUGAUUGCAAGAGUGAGGUGAUUGGACCUGGAUUCUUCCGAUUUAAGGCGGAAAUAGAUUUUAAUGGAGAGGUGGUGGUACAAAAUUAUCUAAACAGAACUGGGCGUGAUGAGUGGUCCAGACAGUUUCGUGAAGCUGCAAAGGAGAAGGAUGAUGCCGCGCUUCUAAAUGUUAUGUCAGACUAUGGUGAGGAAGUGGUCACCGCUUUAGGAAGUGAGGUUGAUAGGCUGGAAAAAGAGAUUCAGGAGCUUGUUCCUGGCAUACGGCACGUUGAUAUUGAGGCACACAAUCCAGCAGGCCUCUCACCUUGAUUUACAUUUUGCAAGCAUUAGCAAAAGCAUUGUCUUAUGCAUUGUCAUAGGUUCAAACUGUAGUAACUGAAAAUUUGAGUGGAAUGCCAAAGCGGGAUUGUCAGAUUCUUGCCUAAAACCAGGACUGGAUUUUUUUUU